UCUCGGACGCUCAGACAGAGACGGGAUCAGAGCUGCUCUCGGGAUGAAGCCCUUCCUCCUCCUCCUCUGUCAUGUCGCCGUGGCGAUGGCGGUUCCCGGUUGCCACAGCGACAGGGACAGGUACCACCGGCCCCGUGAGAACUGCACGGCGGGCAGUUUCACUGACAUCCCGGCGGGACUGGAACCCACGACCCAGGUUCUCCUGUUUCCCCAAAACCAGUUCUCCAGUCUGUCCUGGUCAUCCUACCAGGUCUUCACAGAGAUCUACGAGAUCGACCUCACUGGCAACAAGGUCUCAGAGGUGACCCCCAGUGAGGCGGCUGUGCUGCCCAGCCUCAGAGUCCUGCAGCUGGGGUCCAACCAGCUGACGUCGCUACCCGCCGGCGGAUUCUCCGCCUGUCCUGAUCUGAUAGAGCUCCACCUGCACAACAACGCCAUCAGCAGCCUGAGUGACGACAGCUUCACCUCGCUCAGCAAGCUGGAGAUCCUAGACCUGUCAUCCAAUCAUAUCACAGUGCUUCCCGCCCUCAUGCUCCGCCCCCUCAGUGCCAUAGAGGCCCUGUAUAUUGAGAGCAACAAGAUCAAGGUGAUGCCGGAUGAUUGGUUCAGCCCGAAGGAGGAGGUUCCCUACCUCUUCCUGUCAGCCAAUCCCUGGGCCUGCUCUUGUUCCCUUGGUUACCUGCGCAAGUACCUCGACGACUACGAUUACAAUGUUUACACCCGGGACAGGCUGAUCAUCAGUCCUGACGCGGAGAGUGUGGUGUGUGACUCUCCGCCCCGGCUCAAAGGAACACCUGUAGUAUCCCUGGAGGAAUCAGACUUCUGCUCUACAGACGCCGGUCCCACAGGAGACGUGAUGACCACAGCUGAACCCACAGGUCACGGUUGCCACAGCGACAGGGACAAGGACCACCGGCCCCGUGAGAACUGCACGGCGGGCAAUUUCACCGACAUCCCAGCAGGACUGGAACCCACGACCCAGGUUCUCCUGUUUCCCCAAAACCAGUUCUCCAGUCUGUCCUGGUCAUCCUACCAGGUCUUCACAGAGAUCUACGAGAUCGACCUCACUGGCAACAAGGUCUCAGAGGUGACCCCCAGCGAGGCGGCCGUGCUGCCCAGCCUCAGAGUCCUGCGGCUGGGGUCCAACCAGCUGACGUCGCUGCCUGCCGGCGGCUUCUCCACCUGUCCUGAUCUGAUAGAGCUCCACCUGCACAACAACGCCAUCAGCAGCCUGAGCGACGACAGCUUCACCUCGCUCAGCAAACUGGAGAUCCUAGACCUGUCAUCCAAUCAUAUCACAGUGCUUCCUGCCCUCAUGCUCCGCCCCCUCAGUGCCAUAGAGACCCUGUGUAUCGAGAGAAACAAGAUCAAGGUGAUGCCGGAUGAUUGGUUCAGCCCGAAGAAGGAGGUUCCCUACCUCUUCCUGUCAGCCAAUCCCUGGGCCUGCUCCUGUUCCCUCGGUUACCUGCGCACGUACCUCGACGAGUACGAUUACAAUGUUUACACCCGGGACAGCCUGAUCAUCACUUCGGACGCGGAGAGUGUGGUGUGUGACUCUCCACCCCGGCUCAAAGGAACACCUGUAGUAUCCCUGGAGGAAUCAGACUUCUGCUCUACAGACGCCGGUCCCAGAGGAGACGUGAUGACCACAGCUGAACCCGCUACGACUGCUACCAAUACUACUACCACCACCGCCAGUCCUAGUACUACUGCGCCCAAAGCCACGACCGUAAAGGCUUGUUCCACAAAGAUAUGUACUUGGCUGAGGAGGAAACAACUCAAACACCAAUGAACGCGAAACAACCACUGACAACAACCGCCGCCGCCGCCACCGCCGCCACCGCCGCCACCGCCGCCACCGCCGCCAUAAUUCAUGCAAAUUAUGUUUAUGAGGAAAUGUCACAUGACUGCAGCGUUGUAAUGUAUGGAUUUGUGGACGUCACCAACAUGGAUUUCGACUCUUAAGUCAACUAGAAGCUAAAUGAUAUGCUAAUUAGUCAAACUGUCCAACAUGCAGCUUUUAGCAGCCAAGCUGAAUCUCAUGCACUGAGCCUGCAGACGACAUUUUAAUCAUAAAGGUUGAUAGGAAACAGCACUGCUGGGUUUCAUAUAGGCCAUAUAAGAGUUUCCUGUAGGUUUUGAAUCAGUAUUUUUUAAAUGUAGGGAUGGCUGGUUGAUAUCAGGGAUGACUGGUUGAUAGUUGAUGACAUGAUGGCA